AGUUUCGACCUUGACGCUCAACUUCCUUGAUGUCCUCUUCCGUCAGGACGUUUCGUGUCCUGAACCGCUGUAGUCACUCGUUGCAAACAUCAAGGCUCAGAUGUCAACAUGUUGCGAAACGAUUUAAUUCAACGAAGGUGACGGAGGAAGUAAAACAUGGCUCUAGACCACGGACAGUUUUUUCAGGAAUUCAGCCAACCGGUAUACCACAUCUAGGAAACCUCUGUGGAGCACUCUUAAACUGGGUGGAACUUCAGAAGAACGCUCAUUCUGACGAUGUUCUCAUAUUCUCGAUCGUUGGCUGGCAUGCCCUUACUCUGCCUCAAGAUCCUAAGACAUUGAGUGCGGCAAGAAGGGACAUGAUGGCAGUUAUCCUUGCUAUUGGAAUUGACCCUGAACGCUCUAUUCUGUUCCACCAGGAUGACAACCCGCACCAUACAGACUUGGCUUGGCUCUUCAACUGCAUCACACCAGUUGGAAAGUUACGUCGGAUGACUACCUGGAAGUCAAAACUUGCCACAUCGCGGAACGCCGAUGAAUCGGAGGUGGACGAAUCUUUGUUGAACGCCGGUCUUCUAACAUACCCCGUUCUGCAAGCUGCAGAUAUCUUGUUAUACAGAGCGACACACGUACCGGUUGGGGAGGACCAGAAGCAACACCUGGAACUUUCCCGUGAUAUAGCAGAUACCUUUAACCAUACCUUCAAAGGCAAACCUAGACUAUUCCCCCUUCCCGAAUAUGUUGAAACUCCAAGUCGACGUAUACUUUCUCUCAGAGAUCCAACAUCGAAGAUGUCAAAAUCGGCUCCCGACGUGGACUCUCGGAUUCUUCUUACUGACUCCGACACUCAAAUUCAAUCCAAAUUCCGUCGCGCGGUGACCGAUUCCACAGUCGGUGUCACCUACGAUCCAGUCGGCCGACCAGGAGUUUCCAAUCUGCUGACUAUCUUGGCCGCAUGUACCGGGGAAAACGUACUUGACGUCGCGAAACGAUUCAAAAGUAAAGGCCUUGGGGACCUGAAAGCCGAGGUUACUGAUGCCGUCGUGCAACUCAUACAGCAGCCUCGUGCUGAGUUUGAGCGACUACGGGAUGAUCCUGCGUACUUGUCCGCAGUAGCUCUCCAAGGUGCAACCAAGUCUAGACUGAUUGGGGAAGAAACCAUGAAAGUCGUCAGGUCGCGUGUUGGCCUUACUUGAGUACAACUCAAUUAUUCCUGCAAUGCCAUGUAAUAUUUUGCACACUAUGUCUCAAUAACCCGGUCGAUUGCGAUUGACUGUGUAUUGCCAAAGGCGGUAUAAUCUAAGGAAGACAAUUGCUAUACUAUCUCAAGCACGGACAAGCGAAACCAAGACCUCGACGAUCGCGAACGUACACAAUAAGGGGAAAAGUGAAAAAAGGUAGGCAUAUGAAAGAAACACGGCAUGGAUGCAUUUGAGAUCAAUGGGGUACGAUGCACCAUCCUUCCCAUCCGUCUCGUCCUCCUAUCUCUUCGCCUUCUUCAAUCCAGAAGUCUCCCUCUUCUCCGGCUCUCCCGACGACUGCUGCGAUCAAUAAGCCAGCAGCUUCCGGAGCCCAUUUACUAGCCACGCACAGGGACUGACCGAUCCCGAAGUGAAGUAGGCUUUCCCUCUGUCGCUCAAUGGAGACAUCUCGAUGGACGGCAUCUAUGUCCACUGAGAUUGUGCGAGUAAAGUAUUGGGUCAGGG